AUGCAUGCAAAUGAGGUAGAUGACAUGCAGGCAAAUGAGAUUGAUGACAUACAUGCAAAUGAGGUUGACAAUAUGCAUGCAAAUGAGGUUGAUGACAUGCAUGCAAAUGAGGUUGACAAUAUGCAUGCAAAUGAGGUAGAUGACAUGCAGGCAAAUGAGAUUGAUGACAUACAUGCAAAUGAGGUUGACAAUAUGCAGGCAAUUGAGAUUGAUGACAUGCAGGCAAAUGAGGUUGUCAAUAUGCAUGCAAAUGAGGUAGAUGACAUGCAGGCAAAUGAGAUUGAUGACAUACAUGCAAAUGAGGUUGACAAUAUGCAUGCAAAUGAGGUUGACAAUAUGCAUGCAAAUGAGGUUGAUGACAUGCAUGCAAAUGAGGUUGAUGACAUGCAUGCAAAUGAGGUUGACAAUAUGCAUACAAAUGAGGUAGAUGACAUGCAGGCAAAUGAGAUUGAUGACAUGCAUGCAAAUGAGGUUGACAACAUGCAUGCAAAUGAGGUUGACAAUAUGCAUGCAAAUGAGGUAGAUGACAUGCAGGCAAAUGAGAUUGAUGACAUGCGGGCAAAUGAGUUUGAUGACAUGCAGGCAAAUGAGGUAGAUGACAUGCAGGCAAAUGAGAUUGAUGACAUGCAUGCAAAUGAGAUUGAUGACAUGCAUGCAAAUGAGAUUGAUGACAUUCAUGAAAAUGAGGUAGAUGACGUGCAUGCAAAUGAGAUUGAUGACAUGCACAAAUGA